GCCGCCGCCAUCUUGGUUAAGGGCAGGGACCCGUGGGACGCAUGCGCGGCCGUCGGUCUUCGUGGCGUCAGUUCGUGGCAGGGCGCAUGCGUCGGCUGAUUGACAGCUUCGGGGAGGGAGGAGAAAGUCGAGCCCAGAGAAAUCAUUGUCUCUUCUGGUUGCAAUGGGUGUUGUUGCAGUAACAUUUUGCAGGCGCAUGAAAUGGGAAAGGAUUGCAGACUGGACACUCGGAACAAGCGUCAAGGUCUGCUAGACACACGUUUCGCCAGGACUUGGAAAUCGUUAUUUCUGCUGGUGGGGGAAAAAGAAGAUUUACAUCCCUGGUUAGACCCCCCUCUCUAGGUUCCCCACCUGAGAGCCAACUCUGGGCGUACGGACGGACACAGCAGGAGGUGGGUUUGGAUCUGCUUGGGUGUUGAAUGAGGAGGAAAUUCCAAGAGGUGGAUUUGCAAUCAGCAAACUCGAUCCAAGCAUUGUUUCUUGUUGUGACAGAGUAGCUCCCUUUUUGUUUGUCGCCUGCUUAUCACAGGAGUGUGACCAUGGAAGGCCAAAGCACAGAUCGCAAUGGGGAGAGACUCUACACAUGUUUGGUUUGUGGACACGCCUUUUGUCACUCAUCUGACCUGUCAAUACACCAGCGUAAUCACACUGUGGAGAAGGUCUGGAAAUGUGCGGAGUGUGGGAAGGGCUUCAAGUAUCCAUCCCUGUUGGAAACUCAUCAGCGUAGUCACACUGGGGAGAGGCCAUUCAUCUGCUCUGAGUGUGGCAAAGGCUUUGCUGCAUCCUCCACCUUGCUGUCACAUCGGCGAGUUCACACUGGGAAGAGGCCGUUCACCUGCUCCGAGUGUGGGAAGGGUUUCACUCAGUCAUCUACCCUGCUGUCGCACCGGCGUGUUCACACCGGGGAGCGGCCGUUCACUUGCUCUCAUUGCGAAAAGGGAUUCACUCAGUUAGCAAACCUCCUGAAACACCACCGAGUUCACACCGGGGAGAGACCAUUCACCUGCUCCCUGUGUGGGAACGGGUUCACCCAGUCGUCUGACCUGCUGAAGCACCAGCGGGUUCACACUGGGGAGAGACCAUUCAGUUGCACCCAGUGCGGGAAGGGGUUCACUCAGUCAUCCCACCUGCUGAAACAUCAGCGAGUUCACAAGGAAUCACAGUGAGGGGUUUCUGCUAUUUAAGCAUGCCCAGGAAUGAACCACAGACAUUAGGAUCUCUUUCUGAGGAUGAUAUUUAAUCAAAUAUAAAGACAAAUCUACAGGAUGAAGAUCCCAACUCGCUGCAUGUGAAUGCAUUUAUACUGGGUAGAGAUGUUCACCUGGACUGUGUGAAAUUUUCUGAUCCAUCCAGAGUGGUGAAAUAGCAAGGACCUCCACUGUCAGAGUGGCUGUCCAUCUCUCAACCAUGUUUUCUGGGGUCUGUUUCUGAUGUUUAUAAACUCAAGUUUGAUCAUGUACUUGAGGUCAAGAUUGAAUAAAUCAA